AUUUUUAUAAUUUAUUUAAAUACUUGAAAUUGUAAAACUGUUAUAACAUGUACAAAAUUUGGCAUAUACGAUCAGUGAUUCAGUGGUUUCUGCCAUUUACCUGAUGAGAUCGUUAAUGAAAUCGGUCGGCAACCGCAAUCAAGCUUAGUGAGAGAAUAAAUUGAAUAGAAUUGAAUUGCUAAAGAACUAAAAACAUAUGAAAAAGUUAGGUUAUGGAACCUCAAUGGACAGAAUCAAAGAGUACUAAAAGUGCUUUGCUCUCAAAAACUCUGUUUUCCCACAAAAGUUGCUAGUAUUACACUGAAUAUAAUCAAAAUAGUGUCCAGAAAGGAAUAGGAUGUGAGAUGGAGUGUAUUGCAGAAAACUGCCGUGCUUGUCAAAUUAAAAUUCAGAGAGAAUCUCAGAUAUUUAUCUUUGCCACAACCAAUCUCCCUGACAUCUUCCAAGAAACCACUUCCUUGGACAUCCACGAGAACGAUGGACUACCCAGAGUACUAUGUUCGAACUGCUACGGUCGUCUCCUGGAAGCCUACAACUUUCGCAAAAUGUGUUCCGCUGCAGCUCUGCACUUCCAACAAAUCCUGUCAAUGGAUAUUCCUGAGGAGAAAUACACACCACCUGGAGAUUUAAAUGACCCACUAAUGCUUCCAAAAGCAGAUCCAGACGACAACGAAGCAUCAGACUCUUAUCCGGAAAUGAAAUACUCCCCACCAUAUGGACAUAAUUCCCCCAGUGAAGUAUCCGAGAAGCCAUUUAUAGAGCAAAAGCCCCUGGAAGUACUUAAAGAAGACCCCGAUGAUGACAUUCCCUUGUCUACUCGAAAGACAAAGAAGGCUACCAAAAGACGCGACAAAUCUUCUGGAUCUCAGAAAAAGAAGAAACAAGGACUUCCCAGAGAAAAACUAAAUCUGGAAUGUAGCUUGUGCAAUUCAAAGUUUCGACGGAAGUUGCGUCUGGAGAUGCACAUGAGGCAGAAACAUCUGGGAUUGAAGCCGUGUCAGUGCAAAAUCUGUGGCAGAGGAUUCGGAAGAAUUACCGCACUUAGGGGUCAUAUGGGAACCCAACAUGGAGAGAAGAGAAAGUUCCCGUGUCCAGCUCCAAAAUGCAAGAAACAGUAUGAUACCGAAGAAGGUCUCAAUUGGCACAUGAAGAAGUGGCAUGAUCCGGAGAAUCCUAGAAAGCCCCCUACUAAAAUUUGGGUGUGUGAAGUUUGUGGGAAGGAGUGCAAGACGUCCUGUGCUUUGAAGCAGCAUAGUUAUAGUCAUGGAGUAAAACGACCAUUCGGCUGUACUGUCUGUCCACUGAGAUUCCGCGGUCGGACCCAGCUCAAAGUACAUAUGAUGCGACAUGAAGGGAUUAAGAAUUUUGAGUGUACGGUUUGUGGCCUCCGGAAGGUAACAGCUAAAGAGUUGAGAGUUCACAUGAACACUCACACAAGAGAAAUUACCUAUUCCUGCGAAUUCUGUCCACAUAAGACUGUUAACUUGGUCAAUAUGAAGCAUCACGUAAAGGUGGUACAUCAGGGAGUGAGGGACUUCCACUGUCCGCACUGUGAGAGAUCAUUCGGAAAGCCGGAGACCCUUAAGCAUCACGUGAUGACCCACACAGGAGAGAAGCCGCAUGCCUGCAAGGAAUGCGGGAAGAGAUUCAUCCAACAAACAGCCCUAAAGACUCACAUGAAGACUCAUCUCAAGUCUAAGUAAAUCGGAUCGUCCGGAAUUCUUCAACCCGAAGUAAACUUCCAGAAAUCUGGCAUUGCAAUUUCUUCUGAUCAAACCAAGGGUCGAUUUUCUCAAGUGAUUUACAAAGGAUUGAUUCUUUUAAAUAAAUAUAAAUAAAUCUUAAAAGCAGGUC